UUUCGAGUUUCUGUAGUUUCGAGUUUCUCUAUCUCCUGUUUAUUUUCGAUUUUAUAUCAAUAAUCGCUCAUCUGAGUGAAAUUAGGACAGAAGGCAGGAAACAUGUAACUAAUGAAGCCAUAUCUCCAAGCUUUAAUUGAACAUUGAGUGCAUUAGUUUAGCUAGCGAGCUUAUUUCAGUGUUUACAGUUAGUUUUGGCAGCGACAUCAAAACAAACCCGGAGCGACAGUCGAGACGGCCGCACAUCUCGCCCGUGUUUCUACGGUAUCGUUACAGUCAUGGCGUGCACGCUGGAGAAGGUGCUGUCGGACGCUCGGACUUUGCUGGAGAGGCUGAAAGAGCACGACACGGCGGCGGAGAGUCUGAUCGAGCAGUCGAGCGCCCUGAGCCAGAGGGUCCACAGCAUGAAGGAGGUGGGAAACGCUCUGCCUGACAAGUACGUGGAGGAAAGUGCAGGAUACCAGGAGCUCUCCAAAUAUAAACCCCACGUUCUGCUGUCCCAGGAGAACACCCAAAUCAAGGAACUUCAGCAGGAGAACAGAGAGCUUUGGCUUUCUUUGGAAGAGCACCAGUACGCUCUGGAGUUGAUCAUGGGUCGAUACCGCAAACAAAUGCUUCAGCUAAUGAUGGGAAAGAAGGAGCUGGACACCAAGCCUGUGCUCAGCCUUCACGAGGACCAUGCCAAAGAGGUGCAGAGCCAGUUGGAGCGAAUAUGCGAGAUGGGUCAGGUGAUGCGGAGAGCAGUACAAGUGGAUGACCAGCACUACUGCUCUGUGAAAGAGAGACUGGCUCAACUGGAGAUUGAAAACAGGGAGCUGCGUGAUCUCUUGGCCAUCAGUAAGAACACCCUGAAACCACACAGAGAAGAGGUCAGCCAACCCAACACAGAGCCUAAGCCCAAAGUUGCUGACAAGGAUUGAUGACAUCCAAAGACACAAAGAGUUGUCUUGUGGCCGCAGUUUCUAUUGUACCAUCUCACUCUCAGGACACCUGUUGGCUCAUAUCUGUAUCAUGGUUUAUUCGAAUCGCUGAACCAUCCCAGUGUAUCCUGACCUCCUGCUGCCCACUGCUGCACUUUCUGUGAUGGAUUAACAGAGGCAGUUUUCUUCUGUUUUUCUCAGGAAAUACACACAGCAGCCCCUCAUCAGUAGACAGUGCUCUGCAAAUUUAAAUAUACUUCUGUUUCUGCAGCUGUCUUUUUUAUUUUAUUUAUAAAAAUAUUCACUCUGGAAAAUCCUCAGAUUUUGCUGUAUUAACAUAAUUUUUCAUGCAAAAACAGUCAUGCUGAGUAAAAUAAUGGUGGUUAGUUUCCUGUUAGUGAUUUCUUUAAAAAGCCUUUAAUCUGAGUGUUCAGGCUGAUCAGAAACACCCAUAACAUGCCCAAGGAGGCUCCUCUGUUGAAAUCAACAAGAAACAUUUGAGGAAAAUUAUUCUAUACAUUAUUAUGACUGUAAGGACUAACAGUGGAGUGGCUGCUAGUAAUGUUAAUACUUGAAGUACGCCUGAUACUGCUCUCUAUAAUAUGCUGUCAGUAAAUGAGCCAGUAUUUAAAGUCUAAUCUAAAGCUCACUUUUUGAGCAGCGUGUCAUCGUGUCAUCAUUUUUUAACUGACUAAAAUCUUUCUCGAUUUUUCCCAGUUUCUCCACAUUUUUAAAUGGUCAAAAAUGCAAAGUAUCUUUCAGUUUAUAAAAAUAUAAACUAACUACAGUGAGAUUUUCUUUAGCCUAACUGUGUGUGUUCUGCAAAUAUUUGUUAAUUAAGAUUUUGUUUGUGUGAUUUUAAUACAGCAAAUCCUGAAUCAUUUUUGGGUUGAAUAUUUUUUGCAAGAUAUUAAUUCUAUGAUGUGUUUAAUAUGAUCAUUUAAUAUGAUUUUUAAAAUAAAUAAAUAUUUAAAAUGUAGCCUCGACUUUGACUGGCCUAUGCUAGUUUUUAAUUAAUAAAAUUAACUUCUUAAGUGUUUUGGUAUUUUCCUCAUAAAUUCCGUUCUAGUCUGUGUCUCAGAACUGGCUACAACAGCUUGGCCUGUGUUUCAGUAUGUGAAUACAGCACAAGAGUAAAACCUGAGCUUGAGGUAAGGUACAUGGUGCUGGUUUUGCAGACUUUAAGACAGAGAGUACCAACUGACAGUGUAAUUUAGUUCAUGACUAUGCUUAAUAUGUCAUACUUGUAGUGUCAUGCAGGUGCUUCUAAUAUUAGAUGGUCGUGUUAUCACCUCAGGAAAUUAUCACAGUCAUUAUUUUUUUAUCAAUAUGUCAAAUGUAAGAGAAUACAGAAAUGUUAAAAGUACUUAAAUGUUGACUUAAUAAAACAUUACAAUGACCAGUC